UAUUCACAGCUCAGUGCUCCGCGAGGCAUCAGGAUACGAAGCAGCCACCUGAGGAUCACUUCCUACGCUCUUCCUGAGCUGUUCUUCUCCACCAAUACCCUUCAGACACACACAGGCGAGUUGAGCAAUGGGUGAAAGGCGCGUGCUGCUGUUGGCUGUGGCUGUGGCUGUGGCUGUAGCGGGGAUGACGACAAGUACCGCGGCAGAACUUGCUGGCUGCACCCACAAUGACCAAUGCGAACCACUUUCUUGCUGCCGCAUAAGACGCAUAAGGUUCCCCACCUCUAGAUGCUCUCCACUCGGGACUGUAGGAUCACUCUGCUUCCCAUUCAACACCGAAACUACCUCCUACCGUAUCCUCUACCCUAACAGAGCCUACCGGGAUGUUGAAAAGGGGCACCUCGACAUGUGCCCUUGCCAGGCUGGCCUCGUCUGCCACAAGAACGAAUGCCGCCCAGAAGAUGAAGUCACCACCCACGGCCGGGAGCAAGACAAUCUCUCCUUGGAGUUCUAUUAGCUAUCGGAACCUGCCACCAUGUGCUGUGUUAUUUAUCAGUGCCAUGGUUCCUUCAUAUCAUGAUUUCUGACGUUCUUAUUAUAGAAGCUCAAGUUGUUAGGGCGUGGGUCGUAUGUCAAACGUCUCACGCCGGCCAGCCAGAGCAUUGCUUCCUUGGAAAUGUUGCACUGUUAGCUAUUUAAAAGCCUCGGCUUUAUAUGGGCUGCUUUGCUAUUUAAAAAUAUAUUUAAUCUAUGUUUUAACUCAUGCAAAGUAUAAUAAAGCGUGUUUCAAG